AUGGCCACCAACGGCGCAUCAGAUGAGACGGAUCUCUAUGCCAUCCUAGGUAUAAGCAAAGAUGCUACAAAGUCUGAGAUUAAGAAAGCAUACCACAAAGCAGCGCUACAGCACCAUCCCGAUAAGGUAGCAGAGGACCAAAGAGAGGAGGCAGACGAGAAGUUCAAGACAGUGAGCCAGGCCUACGAAAUUCUUUUUGAUGAGGAGAAGAGGGAAAUGUACGAUGUUCACGGCAUGGCUGCAUUUGAUGGAAGUCGACCUGGUAUGGGAGCAGGCGGGGUUGAUUUGGAUGAUAUUUUGGCGCAAAUGUUCGGUGGAGGUAUGGGUGGAAUGGGAGGUAUGCCGCCUGGAUUUGGGGGACCUGGAGGCCCACGAAAACCACGAAGGGGAGCGGACGAAGAGCAACCAUACAAAAUCACCCUCGAGGACCUGUACAAGGGAAAGACAGUGAAGUUUACGAGCAAGAAAAACGUAAUUUGCAGCCAUUGCAAAGGCAGUGGAGGAAAGGAGAAAGCCAAGCCAGAAACCUGUGGCAGGUGUAAGGGUAGUGGUGUCACCGUUGGCCUUAGAAGCGUUGGACCAGGACUUGUUACCCAAGAAAGAGUUACGUGCGACACUUGUUCGGGAGCUGGUACAAACUAUAGGGAGAAGGACAAGUGUAAGAAGUGCAAAGGAAAGCGUACCACCAAGGAACAAAAGUCAUUGGAAUUAUAUAUACCCAGAGGUGCUAGAGACGGAGAGCGAAUUGUUUUGGAGGGUGAGGCUGAUCAGGUACCUGAUCAAACGCCCGGCGACAUCGUCUUCAUUCUUGAUGAAGAAGAUCACGAAAUCUUCCAGCGAGCUGGCGAUGAUCUUUCUGCGGAGCUUAACAUCACUUUAGCUGAGGCUCUCACAGGGUUUUCAAGAGUGGUCUUGAGACAUCUAGACGGACGUGGUAUCUCGAUAAACCAUCCUCAAGGAAAGGUAUUGGAGCCCGGGCAAAUCUUGAAGGUAGAGGGCGAAGGUAUGCCUUUGAAGAGAAGCGACUCCAAGGGUGAUUUGUACUUGAUUGUAAAAAUCGAAUUUCCUCAGAAUGGUUGGACAGAAGAUGCGGCUACAUUCUCCACUCUGCAAUCAGUCUUGCCUAAACCUGAGCCACCAAUCACGACUGAGGAGAUUGAUGAGGUGGAAUACGAUUCAGAUGCCGACAUUGAAGAUUUCGGUGCAAAUUCUGGAGACCCUCGUGCUGGUGGCGAGUGGGAGGAUGAUGAAGACGAUGAAGGAGGUGCUCAAUGUGCUACCCAGAGCUCUAUGCGCAAAUUGCUGUCAUUCACACGUGAUCAUCAUGGAAGCCCUAACACUUUGCUGCCUCAGAUGGUUUCCGCUAAGAAGCACGUUCCUAUCGUCAAGAAGCGCACCAAGCGUUUCCACAGACAUCAGAGCGAUACCUACAAAUGUGUCGACGCAAGCUGGAGAAAGCCUAAGGGUAUUGAUAACCGUGUCCGAAGACGUUUCAAGGGACAAAUGGUUAUGCCAUCGAUUGGUUUCGGUUCCAACAAGAAGACCCGCCACAUGAUGCCAUCCGGCCACAAGGCUUUCCUCGUCAACAACACAUCCGACGUCGAGCUUCUCCUUAUGCACAACAAGACCUUCGCCGCAGAGAUCUCCCACGCCGUUUCAUCGAGAAAGAGAGUUGAGAUUGUUGCACGCGCUAAGGCACUUGGUGUUAAGGUUACCAACGCCAAGGCCAGAGUUACUACUGAGGUUUAAGCGGAUGGUUUUGUUUGGGCAUUUUGCAUUGGGAUGGGAAUGCUUGUUAGCACAAGCGAAGGGCUUUGCAGAAUUAUAGCAAAAGCUCUUUGAUAAAUGAAGAUCCUUAAGCAAAUCUCUGACCAUCACACGAAGCGCUACAUGUGAUGAUU